CGCCUCGACUCUCCGGUGUACGGCACGGUAUAUAAACCGUUGGCCAUGCGCUCUUUUUCAGCCUAACUAGCCGAACCGUGAGCCGUGCAACUUUGGUGGUGCCUCUUCUGUCCACAGCAGCACAAGUGUCCUUUUUGCUUUACAUCCCGUAUCCGGUCCUUCUGGUGCACCAAACGCGCGUGUGUGUGUGUAGCCCUUGCUCGUGGUGAAUCAUCUCACAUCAGGUUUUUCCCGUGUCGGCCAGUUAGGCUGCUGCAAAGUGUGUAUUUGUGUGUGCGAGUGUAGUGUGCUUGUGUUAUAGCAUAGCGCCAAUCGACAGCUUCAGUACGGUUGCUAUACACGAUUCGUUGGUGGCGAGAACGUAGCAGGUUCUUGCCAGGCUUAGAAACCGAACACUCUACACAUGUGUGUCGAAUAACAGCAGCCCAACGUAACCCACCACAUCCGUGCCCUUAUUUUUCACUUUUGUUGAAAAAUUUCGAGAAUUUCACAACAGGACAUCACUAGCGGUCAGUUAGCCCAGCUGUCGGGCACUGACCAUAACCAUCGACACCUCCUGGUACUGACAGAUACCAACGCCAAACCACCCUGGUGACAUUUCCCCCCUACAACGGCUUCCGCUGCCAAUCUUCCCCCUGAAAAGGCUGCCUCUUUGUUUGAGUGAAGUUGAGCAUUUCGAUUCACGAAAGCACUUCUUGCGGUGUGACACUCAACAGUAAAACGUUCUAAUCACACAUUCCAAAACUACGAAAACUACAGCAAAAACAAAUAAAAACCACAACAGCACCGCUCAAAAUGAAGUUCCUCGAGAAUGAAUCGGACAAGAUCGAGAUCGUGGACGGUGCGGUGGACGUGCCGGCCAUCAUCGACUCGAUGGUCGAACAGCUGCCCACCGACAAUCCGUUCUACGUGAUGGACAUCGGGGACAUCGUGCGCAAGCACCAGCAGUGGAUCGAAAAGAUGCCACGCGUGGUGCCGCACUACGCGGUCAAGUGCAACGACACGGACAUCGUGUGCGCCACGCUGGCCGCGCUCGGUGCAUCGUUCGACUGUGCGUCGAAGGGUGAGAUAGCGAAGAUUCUUUCGCUUGGCGUCGCCCCGGAACGCAUCAUCUUUGCGAACCCGAUGAAGCCGGCGUCCCAUCUGCGCUACGCUAACAGCAACGCGGUCAAAACGAUGACCUACGAUAGCGAUACCGAGCUGCACAAGAUCAAGCAGUACUGUCCGGAUGCCAAACUCGUUAUUCGCAUCCGGUGCGAGGCAGAAAAAGCCCAAUGUCCUUUGGGCAAGAAGUUUGGGUGCGAUCCGGUAGAGGAAGCACCACGCCUAAUCAAGAUCGCCCGCAGUCUUGGGCUGGAAGUGGUCGGCGUUAGCUUCCACGUCGGUUCCGGAUGUGCCGAUUUCCCCAUCUACUAUAAGGCCAUUUCCUAUGCUCGCGACCUGUUCGACUAUGCCGCCCAGCUAGGGUACACAUUCAAUCUGCUUGACAUUGGCGGUGGCUUCCCGGGCGAUACUGGCACCUCCAUCGACGAGGUGGCAGUGAUUGUAAAUGCAGCGCUCGAUACGUACUUCCCGGACAAAUCGGUACGCGUCAUCUCCGAACCGGGCCGCUACUACGUAUCGUCCGCAUUCACGCUCGUCACCAACGUGCAGUCGAAGCGCGUUUGCCUCAACGCAAAGACGGGCACCAUCGAUCGGAUGAUGUACUAUCUGAACGAUGGUGUGUACGCAUCGUUCAACUGCGUGCUGUACGACCAUCAGAUACCGCGACCGAAGCUAAUCGGUGGCCAAAGCGGCAAGCAGUACAAGAGCACGAUCUGGGGUCCGACGUGCGAUGCGCUCGAUCAGCUGAUCGAAACGAUUGCCCUGCCCGAGCUGCAGAUCGAUGAUUGGGUCGUGUUUGAGAACAUGGGCGCUUACACCAUUCCCGUUGCCAGUCCGUUCAAUGGGUUUGAGCUGCCGAAGGUCUACUGCUACAUCAGCAAAAGCCAUUGGGAAAUGUUGGAGACAUUGUUCCCGCUACAGAAUGAAUGCUCGCUGACAUGCGUGCCGAACAGCUUCGAAUCUGUUGCCGCCUGCGCUUGAGCCUCCCAGAAAUGUUAUCAUCGUGCCAUGGCCGCCGUGCUGAUCCCGACGCGCACCGCCUAUUCCAUCGGUCAUCCUUUCGGGGCCAGCUUUUACCAUUUGAUGAUAUUCAACGGAACAUCUAUAAUCUUAACAUUUAAAACGCUAUUUACAACGUUGCCUUUCCUUCCAUUACUUCACAAAGACAUAAUUACUUCAAAUAAACGAAGAGGCAGCCUUUUUACACAGCCAAGCAAAACG